AUAUGAAACCUGUAGACAGUUACAAGGACAAUGUUACCUGUUCUAUCUGCCUGCAGAUAUUUACCUACCCAGUGACUCUUAACUGUAAUCACAGUUUCUGCCUAAAAUGCAUCCAAGGUCACCUGAAGUACAAGUCAUCAGGUGAUAAUUAUACAUGCCCAGAAUGCCGUGUAGAGUUUGUAGAAAAGCCAAGGUUGCUUAAAAAUCCUACGCUAGUUGAAAAAGUCGAAAACCUGUCAAGAUGCCAGGAAAAGAAAAUUGUCUGUGACUACUGCUUUGAGGAACCUGUGCCUGCUGCAAUGAGCUGUAUUCAGUGUGAGACUUUCUUUUGUGUGACACAUCUUCGCCCACACAGUGAAAGAGCAUCGCUAAAAGAUCACAUUUUGGUUGAUCCCACAGAAGCUAUAUCUUUGAGGAAAUGUGAAGAGCACAAAGAAGCUCUUAAGCUUUAUUGCAAGCAAGAUCAUGCAAGCAUUUGCAGUCUUUGCAGUAUUAUGGGGAAGCACAAGAACCACUUGAUCCUAACUGUAGAAGAAGCAAAAAAUGAAAUCCAGUUGACUUUUACAGAAAACAUGAAACAGCUUAAUCUAAAGAGGGCAAGAGCAGAAGAAGCUGUCAAGCAACUGCGGGACUUGAAUAGUCAGGUGCUAGCAGCAUAUUCUGGGUAUCUGGAAAAAGCUAUACACCAUUAUAAAGAAAUUAAAGCACUUGUUGAAGAUGAUGAGCAACAGACUUUGCGGUUCAUUGAAGCUGAUCGACAGGCUGCCACUCUGUACAUUGAAACUCAGACCAAAGACUGGCUGGAAGAGCUUGAUGAUAUAAAAAGAACUAUUCAACACAUAAAUGUCAUUUUAAAUCAAGGUGAUUCAUUCAGGUUUCUGAAGGGAGCAAACUGCAAUGAGUAUCGCAUUAAUGCUCUGCUAAAUAAACAAAUGCCAGGCAUUCAUGAAACUGUGAUUGAUGAUGGAAAACUUUCUUCUUUGAUCAAGUCAAUUGGCAAAUUUGCGAACAGUUUGUCCAAGAAUGACAUUUCAGUCAGAAAAGCUCUCCUGGCAUAUGCAACCACUAUUACUUUUGACCCUGCGACUGCAAAUGAAAACCUUAUUCUCUCAGAAGACCGAACAGUCAUACGCUACACGGAUGAAAUUAUAAAGGCUCCAUACAGCCCCAAACGAUUUGAUGAUACUUUGUAUGUGCUUGGCUCUCAGGGUUUUACUUUUGGUAAUCACUAUUGGGAAGUGGUAGUGAAAGGCAAGACUGAUUGGGAGAUAGGGGUUGCUUAUUCAUCUAUACCAAGGAAAGGCAAAUGUUGGUUGGGUCGAAACAAUGUGUCCUGGGGUUUGGAAUGCAGCAAUGACCAAUAUACUGCAUGGCACAAUAACAUACAACUAAAAGUUACUGCCAACAGAAAACUGAACCGGGUUGGUGUUUAUCUGAAUUAUACAGGGGGAAUGCUUGUAUUUUAUGAUACAGAGAAAAUGGCUGUUUUAGUUUCCUUUUAUCAAAAGUUUACAGAAGCACUUUACCCCAUUCUAAAUCCCUGCAACAACAAAGGAGGAAACUUUGCACCUCUUACUGUCCUACAACUGAAAGGAAUCGGCCAUAUUUAGGCAAUAACUGUUGUUUCAAAAAUUAUAUUAUAUAAUUUGUAAGCAAAAACAAAAUGCUUUAAAAAUGUUCAUUUUAAACUAGUUUGGCGGGAGGUUGGGUACCAGAGCACCAGGUCAAAAAGUAGAGGGAUGAAGAGAAGGGUAGAUGUCAGGACCCGUAUACACAGGUAGGAGCAAAGAAAUAGAUACACUAGGAUGGAGAGCUUGAAAUGUGUGUAAUUUAAUGCCAGGGGUAUUAUGCGUAAAACUGAUGAAUUUAGAACAUGGAUUAGUAUAUAGAACUAUGAUAAUGUGGCCAUUACAGAGACUGAGUUGUGAGAGGGACAAGAAUGAGUAGUUAAUGCCCACGGGUUUGAUGUUUUAGAAAAGAUAGAGAGGGAAGUAAAAGAGGUGUGUGUGUGUGUGUGUGUGUGUGUGUGUGUGUGUGUGUGUGUGUGUGUGUGUGUGUGUGAGGUGGAAGUUGCACUACAAAUCAGGGAUAAUGUUACAGCUGCACUCAGAGGGGAUAUAACAGAGGACUCGCCCUCUGAGUCCAUGAAGGUAGAUCUCAAAAAAAUGAAGGGUGCAAUCAUGCUGAUGGAUUGUACUACAGACCCCACAAUGGCCACCAGGACACUGAAGAACAGAUAUGCAGGCAGAUUUUAUGGAAAGGUGUAAAAGCAAUAGCAUUGUUGUCAUGGAGGACUUCAACUUCCCUAACAUAAACUGGGACCUUCUUAAUGUAAGAGGUUUAAACGAGGUAGAAUUUGUUGGGUGUAUCCAUGAGAGCACCUUCUAUCAGUAUGUAGAUAGUUCAACAAGAGAAGGGACUAUACUGGAUUUGGUGUUAGGUAGUUAGUCAAGUGAGUCAACGGGUGAGAAGUUAGAAGUCUGCCCACAACUCCUUAAGCUUUAAGAUAGCUAUAGAUAAAGUUAAGUAUGGACCUUGUUGGGGAGUAUUAUUUGUCUUUGUAGGAAGGUCCUAGGGAACAGUUAAUUUUGUGCAAGUCCUCAUCUGACAUGUGGAGGGUGUUUAAAGGCCAACUGUACAGCGUACCCAAUAGAUAUGUUUCAGUCAGAAUUUAGGAUAGAAUAACAAGAUUUAAAAAAAACGUGGAUGUCAAGGGAGGUGAUGAAUUUAGUCAAGAAGAUAAAGGAAAACAAUUUAAAGUGUAGGAAGCUAGAAUCAAACAGAGUCAUUGAGAUUUAUAAAGAAACCAGAAAAGUACUCAAGAAAGGAAUUAGGAAAGCCAGGAGGGGCCAUAAAAAGUCCUUGACAGGCAUUUCAAAGUAACAGAGAAGGUAGCAUUAGGUCUCUUAAAGAGUAUUAGGAUGAGUAAGUUCCCUGAUCCUGAUGGGACAUACCCCAGGUUAUUGACAGAGGCAAGUGAAGAGAUUGCUGAGGCUUUGACCAAUAUCUGUGUGUCCUCUCUAGCCAUAGGUGAGGUCCUGGAGGACUGGCAAAUAGCUAAUGUUACAUUAUUUAAGAAGGGAACCUGGAAACUAUAGACUGGUGACAUCAAGUUCAGAGGUAAGUUUUUCACACAGAGUGGUGGGUGCAUGGAAUGCAAUGCCAGUGAAGGUGACAGAGGUGGAUACGAUAGGGUCUUUUAAGAAACUCUUAGAUAGGUACAUGGAGCUUAGAAAAAUAGGGAAAUUCUAGGCAGUUUCUAGAGUAGGCUGCAUGGUCAGCACAGCAUCGGGGGCCGAACGGCCUGCAAUGUGCUGUAGAUUUCUAUGUUUCUAGAAGACUAUUAAUCUGCAUAUGGUGAAAUCCCAAAUAUCUCACAUCAGUGGUAGGAAAGUUACUGGAGAGAAAUUUUAGUGAUAGGAUUUAUGAGCCGCAUAGAUUCAGAACUGGCUUGCUUGUAGACGACAGAAGGGUAGUGGUUGAAGGAACUUACUCUAGCUGGAGGUCUGUGAUUCGGGGUGUUCUGCAGGGAUCUGUAAUGGGACAUCUGCUGUUUGUGAUAAAUAGAUAACUGACCUGAAUGAAAAUGUAGGUGGGUGGGUUAGUAAGUUUGCAGAUGAUACAAUGAUUGGUGGUGUUGUGGACAAUGUAGAUGACUGGCAAAGAAUACAGCAAGUUAUAGAUCAGUUAAAGAUACGGAUGGAAAAAUGGAGAUGGAGUUUAACCUGGCCAUAUCUGAAGUGUUUCACCUCGGCAGGUCAAUUGCAAAGAGACCGUACAUUGUUAAAGGGCAAAAUAUUUAACAGCAGUGAUGAGCAGAGGGAUCCUGAGGUCUAAGUUCAUGGCUUCCUAAAAGUGGCUACACAGGUUGAUAAGGCAGCUAAGAGGGCAUAUGUCAUGCUUGUCUUUAUCAGUUGAGGCACUGAGUUCAACGGUCAGGAUGUUAUAUUGCAGCUUUAUAAAACUCUGAUCAGGCUGCAUCUGGAGUAUUGCACACAGUUCUAGUCACCUAUUAUAAGAUCGAUGUUGAGCCUUUAGAGAGGGUGCAGAAAAGCUUUACCAGAGUGCUACUUGGAUUAGAGGACGUGUGUUAUAAUGAAAGGUUGGACAAACUUAGGUUGUUUUCUCUGGAGCAGUGGAGGCUGAGGGGAAAUAUGAUAAAGGUUUAUAAGAUUAUGAGGGGUAUAAAUAGACAGACAGUAUCUUUUUCCCAGGGGUCGAAAUGUCUAAAUCUCGAAGGCAUGCAUUUAAGGUGGGGGGGGGGUGCGGUGUAUUUCAAAGGAGAUGUGAAUGGCAAGUUUUCUUACAUCGAAUGAUAGGUGCCCAGAAUGCACUUCCUGAGGUGGUGGUAGAGGCACAUCAGGAACAUUUAAGAGACAUUUAGAUUGGCAUGGACAGUGUGUAGGCAUAAGUGAUUGUUUAAUUGUCUGUUGAUUAUCAAUUUAUUUGGUUUGGAACAACAUUUCAGGCCGUAGAGUCCUUUCCUGUGCUGUACUGCUCUAUGUUCUAUGUAACCUAAUUCACUGGUAUUGCUUGUUUUAUAUUCUACAUUUUACAUUAGCUCAGUGGAAAGUAAAGUAAGGCAGGGUACAAAGCAGGUCCCUGAACCUAUUCCUGUGAAUUAGGUUAAAAUUGUCCUCUCAAUAAUUCUGAUUGCUUCACAUUUGGUAAGCUAUAUUGAAUCUUAAGAACACUGGUAUGUAUUGUUUUAUUGAGCUGUCAUUGAUGGAUUCCUUCUAUGAUCUCAGGAAAACAAUAGCUAAAUUAAUCUCAAGAUUAAUAUAUGCAACCUUGAAAACAUUGUUGCUGAUAUUAUGAUAAGAAAGUGAUCGAACUUGUACAACUCUUUCUAUUAGAUGUAUGGCUGCUUUCUUUUAAAAGGAUUAGCAGGAUUUGAGGAUAGAGCCUUGAUAUAGAAAUAAUGAGUCAUUCAAAUACUGUAUGGUUCUGUUGAUCUUUUAAAUUUGAAAGAGGAACAAUGCAGGAACCAAUUAAUUAUUACCAGAAAUAAUCCCUGUUUAUUUUGACCUUUCACUACAGCAUGGGAGUCGAUGCAUUGAAUAAUUAUUUGCAUCAAUUUUUUAUUUCUCUUCAGCAUUCUAUUUGUCCUGAGGGCAAAGAGUCCAUGUGGGACAUGAUUUCACUUUUCUCAUUACUUCAUCCAAGUGGUCUUUUAGUGAGCCUUGAUGUCGAGCCCCAUAUGCUCUUUCAUUGCUGGAUGCAGCAUAGCCAAGCCAGAUUCCCUGACUUUUAGAUAUUUGUGCAAGAAUCUGAACUCAUCGCUGGCUGAUCAAAACAACAGAUUUUCUUCCACAACAGACUAUGCUGGGGUUAGUUAAUCUGUUCUGACCACAUAUCAACUGAGGAAAAUUAGAACACAACUCCAAAGGGCAGAAAAAUUCCAGGGCAUUGUACCAUAACUUCAUACUUAUGAUCAUGUGGCUAAGUACAGCUCCAAUGCCAUAUUUAAGAUUGCCGAUGACACCACUGUUGGCUGGUUCAAAGACAGUGAGGAAUCAGCAUAUAGGAGGGAAAUUGAAAAUCUGGUUGAGUGGUGCCAGAACAAUACCACUCACUCAAUGCCAGCAAAACCAAAGAGAUGAUUGUCACCUUCAGCUGGAAGUAGCUGGAGGUCCAUGAACCAGUCUUCAGUCGGGGAAUGGAGGUGGAGAGGGUCAGUAACUUUAAAGUCCUUGGCAUUAAUAUGUCAGAGGAUUGGUCCUGAAACCAGCAGCUGUCAUCACUAGAAAGCACAAGAGAGCUUCUAUCUUUUUUUAGAAGUUUGCGUAUAUUCAGAAAGUUACCAAAAACUUUGACUGAACUUCCACUGCACAUUGGAGAGUACCUGACUGCAUCAUGGCCUGGUAUGGAAACACCAAUGUGCAGGAACAGAAUAGGCAAUAGAAGGUAGUGGAUACAACCCAGACCAUCACAGGCGAAGCCCGCCCCACCAUUGAGUAUAUUUACAUAGAGUGCUGCUGCAUGAAAGCAGCAUCCAUCAUCAAAAACCCUCACCAUCCAGGCCAUGCUCUCUUUUCGUUAGUACCUUUGGGCAGGAAGUACAGAAGCCUGAGAUCCCACACCACCAGGUUCAGGAAAAGCUACCACCCUUCAACCAUCAGGUUCCUGAGACAGUGUGGGUGACUUCCCUCACCACUUCUCUGAACUGAAUGCAUCUCAAGGUAGUUUAUGGUAGAGUAAAUAUACUUUGAUAAUCAAUUUAUUUUGAACUUUGAACUAUUAUUUGUUACAAGUGAGGUCAUUCAGCACAGCAGAAAUGUUUAUAAAAUAUGCAAUGAGUUUAUUGCAUUUGACAAAAUAGUGAAAUUAGAGCUUUCAAUCUCAAAGGAAUAAAAUGUUUAUUAAGUAAUGUAAGCCACAUUAAAUUCUUUGUUAAAUUGAAACUAACAAUAUGUUUAUGCCAGCAAAAUAAAGGACCAGGUUUACAGAUGAGCAAAUUAUGAGUAAUAGUGAAUUUAUUAUUAACAGCUACUUACAUAAUAGUUCAAUGGAAAUAGCUCUGAGAUCACCUAAAAUAAAAACAUAAAAGUAUAAUUUAGAGCAUUACUUUAGAAUUUGGGAUUUCUAUUGGUGGUCAUGUAAAAUAUAUUUUGAUUUUUUUAAUAUAUUUCACCAUUAAAAUAAUC